AUGGCGGAAGAGCAGGAUGAUGCAUCGAGCAAGGGAUGGGGCUGGUUACGGCAGGUUCAGAGCACGACGCAGCAGUUGGGGCAGAUCUGCACGGAGGGAGUCGGAGAGGCGAAGAGGAGGCUGGAAGAGAAUCGUCCCGGUAUCGACCAGUUCGUGAAGAACAUCGGAGACAACAUGCAGCAGGGCGUCAAGAAAGUGCAAGAGCAGCAACCGGGGCUUGACCAGUUAGUGCGAAACAUCGGGGACAAUGUCCAAAAGGGGGUGAAAAACAUUCAAGAGAACCUCGUUCGAGACCCUUGGUCCUCCCCUCCCACCGCCGCCGAGCUGGCGUCCCUAGACCUUGUCUACGUCAACGACCGCGUCAUCGCCAUGGGCUUUCCGGUAGACAAACGCCCCCCCUCCGCCGCGCCCGGUGUGGAAGGUCCAUCUCCUCCUCCCCGAGCGAGUGUAACGACGAGGGCGGGAAACGACAUCGAUCUUGUGGCGGCGCUGUUGAGGAGCCGCCACGCGGGUCACUACAUGGUCUGGAAUGUGUCGGAAGAGGGCUACGAUUACUCGUUGUUCCAGGACCAGGUGUUGGAGUUUCGAUUCCCGGGACACCCCGCCCCCCCCCUGGGAAUGCUCUUCAAGAUGUGCACCUCCAUCGAGAGCUGGCUCUUGGCGGACCCUAAGAACGUGGCUGCGGUGCACUGCCUCACGGGCCGCGGGCGGACCAGCACCGUCCUGGCGUGCUACUUGGCUUGGGUCGGCGAGGUUUCCGCACCGUCGGAGGCGUUGGAGCACGUGGCCUCUUGCAAGGGCGUGGCGAUGGAACGGCUGACGAUCCCCAGCCAGCGCCGGUACCUUUCUUACUUCUCCAGCGUCAUGGAGGGGGUCAGGCCGCGCUCCGAGCCGUUGCUCCUGCGGCGCGUGAUCAUGAACACCAUCCCCACUUUCGGGACGAAAAAUGGAGGCGUUAUCGGGCCGGGAAAGGGGGCGGCGGCGAAGGCGGAGGAGGAGGCGGUGGCGGCGGGCGGGGAGGGGGAGGACGGGGCGCUUGGAUGCUGCCCGUACAUCCAGGUGUUCAAGGGCGGGUCGCUCAUCUUCACGGCCACGUACCGCCCCUCCGAGGGCCUGGCGAAUACCAGCAGCGGGGCCCCCGGCACGGGGGGGGACGGGGAAGACGCGUCGGCGGGGGAGGGGGAACGGCUCCCGUGGGCGUACACGAGCGACGACAGCAUAUCGUUUCCGGUGGACUGUGUGUUGCAAGGAGAUCUGCUGGUCCGCUGUCGUCACGUGAGCCCCACCGGCCGACGGGUUUCGAUGUUUAGGGCGGCGUUUCACACGGGGUACGUGCCCUGCGGGGUGCUGAGACUCACCAAGCAGCAGCUCGACGGGGCCUGCGCCGAUGACCGAUUUCACCAGGACUUCUUCCUGGACCUCAUUUUCGCCCCUGUAGAGGCCACGCCAAGUUCCUCCGCUUCGAAAUCCGAAACGGAACCGAAACCCGAGGGUGACACCGUCGAUGCGUUGGAACCAACACCGGAAGGUGAGGCUGCCACGGCGGCGGCUGGGAAUGGAGAAGAAAACACCACCACUGGAAAACCGGAGCCGGCGGCGGCGGCGAACGAGACGGAGAACAGCGCUGUUGCGAGAAGGGAAGGGGGCCUUGUCGUGGAUGCCGAUGCUGGAGAAGCGUUUGACUCCAUGCUGAACAGAGACGCCAGGUUUUGGGGAGAGAUCGCCGCAAGAAAGGAACGGAGAGCCGUUCUCCUAAAGGAGCGCGAAGAGGCGCGUGCGCGAGGAGAGGCGCCGGAGAGUGCCAUCGACACCGCAAGGGCAAAGGCCAUCAAGCAGAAGGAGGCGGCGGCGGCGGCGGCGGCGGCGGGUGCGCCGGGGCUGCGUUUCAGCAUCGACGAAGAUGAGACUUCGCAGGCCGGGCGGAACCGCUGGGGCGCGAGUUCCGCCGCAUCGACCGGCGGCGGCGGUGGCACCGACACCGCCGCAAACGCCUCCGUCACCUCCUCCUCCUCGAAACCCACGGGCGGCAUCACCGAUGACGACCUCCUGGCACAAUUGGCCGAGGCCGAGAUGGAGCAGGACGAGUUUCCGGCGGGCGGCCUUGGGGGCGGGGAUGGUGCCGUCGGCAUCCCCGGGUCAGUGUCGAUCUCCGCUGGUGUGACGCCCCCGGCGCCCCCCGUAGCGGCCUCUGGGGUUUCCAGUUCCGGAGAGAGUGGUCAGGGCGCGAGUAGCGGCAACGAGGGGGCUGGGGCGGCGGAGGCGGUGGGAGCGGAGCGGAACAAAGAGAAGCGCGCAUCGCAACAAGACGACCGGGUUUUGGACUUCGAUGAUCCGGAGUUUGACGCUUUGGAUGUGGCAGGGGCGGAAACGCAGGGAGGAACGGGAACGGCUGUGGCAGGGGGGAUGGGUGGAGCGACACCGGCCGGUGGUGCUGCCGCUGCCAGUAAAGCAGCCGGAGAGACAUUGGGGGACGAGUUAAGCCAGCUGGAGGAGUUAGAGAGGGAGCUCGGGAUUAUGGGGGUGGUGAGUGAUUCUGUGGGGGGCGGUGGCGGCGGCGGCGGUGGCAAGAAGACGGCGCCGGAAGGGGGGGCGGAGGUUGGCAAGAGCGACGACGGCUUUGACAUGGACAACUUGGAUGAGUUGGAGGGUUAUUUGGAGAGCUUGGCGAAGUGAAGGAAACGCUCUCGUGGUGGUGGUUGUGUCGGUGCUGCUAGGCUGACGCAUUUUCGUCUGAUGUGUUACGUUCCUUCCUUGCAUGGUCUUUCGGAGACGUGCGCGCUAGUGCGCGUUUUUUUGUCCUGUGGAGACGGCCUGUGCUUGUGUACAAGAACCCCCCUUGUUGGUGUGUAUAGGGCAUGAUGAAGGUCUUCACCGUCGAAUUUGUUGUUUGUGGGUCUAACGUUUCCAGGAGGCGGAGGGCGUAUUCAAGGCAAUCCUGUUCGUAAUUGUCGGGUACAGUAGUACCAGCAUACAUGAUUCCAUCUGUCCUCGGACGUCGCCAUAAGUUACCACCGUGUUUGAAUGAGAAGGUUCGAGGUUUGGCCUAAGGCUGUCCUGAGUUGUCAGAGACGGCGCAUGGCGUGUUUAUUGAUCGCUUUGUUGUACCAUGGAGUUGUGUGUGUUAUUUUUAAAUCUUGCCGUCGCCUUCACGGCAAAAUUUGUGUCCACAUGUUCGCUUCGUACCUCGCCGGCUAUGACAACGUAAACACAAGAGUUUGAUCUGUCGUGGUACUAACAAUUGCUGUACGUCCAGUAUGCACGCAAGCGGGAUAAGAUCGAGAUGAUCUGCAGCAAUACACAACGGCAGUGAAUGGCAUCGGCAAUAUUGACAGGCUUCGUCUGCAAUACCAUGGUACAUAUGUGGGAUAGAAACGGGGGCAUGGCUGAAACACUCCAGUUUUUUUGUGAC